AUGAAAGCUCUCAUUGUGAAACUGCUGUUGCUUUUCGGACGCGCUCAAAAUAACUUCGAGCAGCUAAAGAUCUAUCAUACGAAUUACCCAGCUAAUAUCGAUGGAGAUCAUAGUUGUAUUUACCGUUACGCAAGCACCGCUAAUGGAAAAGGACGUUAUUUGAUUCCAUAUUGUAUUCGUACGCGAGAAGUUAAGUACAUAGACGAGCCUAAGAUCUGUCAUGGAAUAUUGUAUACAUUCGAUGAGUUGACUCGACAGAAGGUUAGUGUAGAUGAUCUUGUUUUAUGGAAUGCACCAAUGGACAUAGUUACCGACUACGCAGAAUGGUUACCAUCAAAAUUGAAUUCUCAAUCAGUAUACUGUAAUUGUUCUUCACAUAGAUCUUCGUUUGGAAACCGAUGCCAAUACCAAUUCGUAUUCGAGGGUUUUUCUUUAAACCAUAUUGUUGAACAGACUUUUGCGCUUAAGGCGGCAAUGAACCGAGAUAUUCGAACAUUAACACCGGACAAUAUCACUUGUUACAUAGCUCUUCAAUGUAAAACAAUAAUACCAGACUUUUGCCUAGACUGGCGUCAAGUUUGUGACGGUGCCGUAGACUGCGAGAAUGGAGAAGAUGAAGAAAAUUGUCAAGAAAUGCUACUAAGUGAGUGCUAUUCUGACACCGAGUAUAGAUGUCGCAGUGGUCAUUGUAUUCCUUACUCGUUCUCAUUUGACUUAACGCUCGAUUGUCUUGAUUUCUACGACGAGCAAGAAGUGUUUGAAAAAACCAUGGUCUGUGUAAUAUCUCCUUCAGUAGACUGCGAGGAGCACAUGUGUGGUCUAUCGCGUUUGUCGUGUGGAGACGGCGAGUGCUUUCCAGGAAAACAUGGCUUGAAUGGUGCUUUAUGUAGUGGAGAGCGUGUUCGCUUGCUGAUAAAGAAAAUGUUUUCCUUUGAUGCCGGAGAGAACUCUUCUGUGAGUAAGAAAUGUUACUCAACCCUGCUAGCUGAUUUUGGUCUCGAUUUGUUUUUUGAGUCUAUUGACAGCGACAGCGAAGAGGAACUUACUGACGUUCAUUAUUACGACUCGAACAAUCCACACCCGUGCACGGGCACCUUUCUGUUUCCAUUAAAUCCAAUCGUUUUUCCAUUCAUUCGUCUUGGCCACAAGGUUCAUGCGCGCGGAUGGCACGAAUGGCCACUUAUUUGUAUUAAUCGAAGUGAAGUGAACCAAAGUGAUGAAGAAUUAUUCUUUGACAUGGAGGGAUACGCAUGUAUAUCAUCGAUCAAAUACAGUAAACGCGUGAGACCAGUGGAACUGAAAAAUCUUCGGGAUAUUGUCGUACUCAUACAAAGUAUUCGAGUUGGCUUUUCACAUUCGUACAGCACUGUUACUGCUCCAUCACUAUAUCGAUGCACGCAUGGAAUGCACAUAUCAAGGCACAAUCAGUUUGAUGGUUACUAUGAUUGUUUUACAAAUGACGGAGAUGAGGAUAUAAUUACGAUGAGCUGUUAUCAGGAUUUUGAAAAUCGUUAUCAAUGUUUCAGAACAGGAAUCGUGUGCAUACCUAGACGCGGACUAAAUGAUGGUCAAUUAGACUGUGUAGACGGCGAUGAUGAACUAUUUGGGAUUAGUUGCACAGAGGAAUAUGAUUGUAAUCAUUUUCGGUUUAAGCAGUUGUGGCCUCAUUCAUUAUUUCCUGUUGUAUAUGAUGAGAUAUGCAAUGGAGAAGAAAUUUUCGAUCCUAGAUGGCUCGAAAUACAUGGUGAUUUAGAUACCGAUGAAACUGAUUGUGAUUAUUGGCCAUGCAAUGCUCGGUCAAUAAGAUGUAACGGCAAAUGGGACAAAAAAGAUGGGUGCGACGAAAUUGGUUGUUCGAAUCCUUUUCCGAUAUUUUACAUACGACGCAUUAGUCAUUGUGCUCCUGACGAACAUUAUUGCGCAAAAUUCAACAAAACAACGAUGGGUUGCUUGCCGGUGUCGAAAGCUGCUGACAAUGUUGUUGAUUGCCUUUUUAGCACUGAUGAACGCGGGCGAUUAAAUAAAGUCAGAGACUCCUAUCUUUUACCAUGUUCAAAUGUAUCAUCUGUAUACGUAGCUGAAGAUGAUCUAUGCAAUCGAGAUCAAUUGUGCCCAAUGGGAGAAGACGAACUUUUAUGUCCUUGGCAUUUAGCUUCCUCUUGCAGUGAUAGCGAAUUCACCUGCAAAAAUGGUACUUGUAUCCCUCGCAGACGUCGAUGUGACGAUCGCAUUGAUUGCCAAGAAGGUGAGGAUGAAUGGAUCUGCGAUAUGUUUGCACGACGAGUACCGCCAGAACUUAUGACACAACGACAAGCGAUAACUUCGCCGUUGUUCGCUAGUUCAGUUAAGUUAAACAUAAGUACAGUUUAUGCGGCCUUUCAUUGCUUUCGUGGUAUACUUUUGAGAGAAAAAGAUGGAUACGACGCAUGUAUUUGUCCCCCAUCUUAUUACGGUAAACAAUGUGAACUGCAGAGUCAUCGAAUCACUAUUUCAUUCCGCGUCGAGACAUUGUCACCCAGUAAUUUUCAUGCAAUAUUUCAACUUGUCUUCUGUUUACUCGACAGUCAACACAAUCAUGUCUUGUCGCAUGAAUUAUUAAUAGUCUCACCAAGCGUAGAAUCUAUUUACAAACAUCUUGUUUAUAUAAUGUAUCCGUCAUUCUGGCCCUUAUCAACGAAUAAGUCAAUACAUAUUGACAUGUAUGAGAUGACGAAUUUUGGUGUCAACCAGAGAUCAUUACUUUCGUGGUAUUAUGAUGUUCAGUUUCCAUUCCUGCCAGUGAAUCGACUGGCUGCUCGCUUGUUGAUUGAGAGGAAAUCAGCGAAUAGUACCGCAUGCAGCCUCUUAGCUUGCCAACAUGGCACAUGCAAGUCAUUUGUCAAUUCCCAUCGUCACUUUUGCCAGUGUGAUGGAGGAUGGACUGGUCUAGCUUGUAAUCGGUCGUUAGAUCAUUUGUGUAAGAAAUUGCAUUGCGAUCCUCGAUCAAAAUGCGUUGCACUUGCAGGAGACGACUAUGCGUUGUGUUUAUGUCCUCUUGGUUGGACGGGGAUCAAUUGUCGUAUACCCACACAUAGCUGCAAAAACGUUCACUGUAAAAACGGUGGAGGCUGCAUCUCGCUUGAUGAACGCGCACGGCAAUACCAAUGCCAGUGUCCCACUCAUUACUUUGGGGACCUGUGUCAAUUUUCAGAGGCUCAACUAACUAUGUACAUGUCUUCGACAACGACCUAUACACGUCUGAUGAUUAUCCAUUUCCUUCAUGCACCGCCUAGUAUUGCGGGAAGUCUUCUUCAUCGCAGUAUUGAUUUUCGUCACAAUAUAUAUCCUGGUACAAGCAUAACGGUGCGUGAAAACAGUCAGAAGAUACUAUCAUCUUUUAUCAUUGCUCAGCUAAUCCAUGAUAUAAACGAGCCCUACUAUGGUUCGUACCAUUUGCUGGCCUAUUCAUCGAAUAAAAACUAUACGGACCUUUCUACAUCUAUUAAUGUUGCAAAUCGUUGUCCGCAUGUUCACGAAUACAUGAAUGCGUCAAUGAAACAUGACAAUUGGUUGAGACGAGUGAAAUUUUACCCUAAAUUUCUUGUCAAUGUGACGUGUUACCACGACGAAAGAUUUUUAUGUUUCAUAGAGGACGACGCUGCUGGUGCUACUUGGAACUGUCUCAUUGUUAAUCAUCAAGUAGCAAGUUGUAUUGAAAGAAACUAUUGUGAAAAUGGGGGUCGAUGUUUUCAGAAGCAAAUAUCGGGUCAAUUGGACUACACAUGUAUUUGUCCGGAGUGCCAUUACGGAGAAUUUUGUCAACUGUCGAUGACACAGUACUCUCUCACAAUUGAUUCGAUACUUGGACAGAUCAUUAUCACAAACAUGCCUAUCAGCAAACAACCGUUAGUGAUUCAGAUAAUUUUGGCUCUUGUUAGUAUUCUAUAUUUAGCCGUACACUGGUAUCCGAUCCACGCUCGCCAACACGUCUCUGGUGCGUUAUCAAGUAUAAAUACACGUGGCUGCAAACAUAUAGUGCCGUUAUGA